UACAUUGCUGAGCCGCAAUAAUUCCAGCGAAGAAGAACUCACACGCCGUUAAGCGCAACUGGCCCACUUCAGUGUGUUUGAUAUUCACUCGAUUUAGGGCGAACGCAAGAAUUAUUACCAUGGAAAAUGAUAUUAUUGUCGCGCUUGAGGAUUUAGGGUAUCAAGGCCCACUGAUGGAGGACGGGGCUCUGGACGCAGCUGUGAAUGGUGGGGCUGCCUCGCCGGAGUUUACAAAGCUCUGUGCUUGGAUUGUCUCGGAGCUCAGACUUUACACCAAACUGGAGGAGAAUGUCCAUGCCACAAGCUGUCCAAGUGAAGCAGAGGGCUUUCAGCUGGAGAUGAGUGGUUUGUUGUCAGAGGUCGCUUGCCCUUACUCUGCCCUCACAAGUGGAGAUGUUACCCGAAGACUUCUCAGCAAGAAUGACUGUCUGCUGCUGCUCUCUUUUCUGAUUUCGGAGCUGGAGGCUUCAAGGAUGAUCUUGAUAAAUAGACCCCAGAAGAAAGCCCAGGAGUCUGGUAGCCCUGCCUUCCAAGAACUGAAGGGCAUCUGCAUGGCACUUGGCAUGUCCAAGCCUCCAGCCAACAUUGCGAUGUUCCAGUUCUUCAGUGGCAUCGAGAAGAAGCUGAAAGAAGCCGUCAGUCGAGUACCACCAAAUCAUAUCGGAGAGCCUUUGUUGAAGAAACCUUUCGGCCCUGUGCACAUGGAGAAAAUUGAAGCCAUCAACCAAGCACUUGUAAAUGAGUAUGAAAUGAGAAGGAAGAUGUUGUUGAAACGUCUGGAUGUGACAGUGCAGUCUUUUGGUUGGUCAGAUAGAGCAAAGACGCAUGCUGGGAAUUUGGCUAAAGUUUAUCAGCCUCUACGUUCCGCCCUUGUUACCAAAAGCAAAAUAUCAGUUGCACACCUUCUUGCAGCUCGACAAGACUUCUCGAAAAUUUCACGCACAAGCUUUGGCAGGUUGAGAGAGAAGACAGCUUGCGCCAUUAAUAAGGUUUUAAUGGGGCGAGUGCCAGACAGAGGAGGCCGUCCCUGUGAAAUUGAGCCUCCACCUCCAGAAAUGCCUUCAUGGCAAAAGCGGCAGGAUGCCCCCCAGAGCAGUGGACACUAUGGUGGCGGUGGGCACGGUGGCAGCAGAGGCAGUUAUGAUCAUUAUUCCCAAGGCAACCGGGGGGGCUAUGAGAGGGGUGGAGGAGAAAGGGGCGGCAGGGGAGGAGGCAGAGGUGGUAGGAUACAAGGAGGCUGGGGGGACGGAGGUGGAGGAGGGAGAGGUGGUUACAACAAGGGCCAGUAUCAAGAUUCAGGGGUUCAUCAGGGGGGAGGCGGAACGAGAGGUGCUUACAGAGGAGGCGGGAACAAUCAAGGAGGCCCCCAGGAGUCCAGCCACCAUUCAGGCUACAAUGACAAUUACCACCAGAAUGGAAACUGGCACCAAGAGAGAGGCGGCAGUAGAGGAGGCAGGGGAAGAGGAGGCCGAGGAGGCUGGGGAGGGAGAGGAGGCCAGAAUUUUAACCAAGGAGGGCAGUUUGAACAGUAUUUUCAACAUGGCGGCCAGAACUACAACCAAGCUGGCUUUAAUCAAAGCCGUCACUACACUAGUUGAAGAUAGUUGUUUGGGACAUUGCAGUACAGUCCACAGUCGUUUAAACAGCAAGUGGAGAAGGCCUUAUCAAUCCUUGCAUUUUCAGCAUGUUUGCUCAGACUGGUCAACAGUGUAAAACAUGUAUACUUAAAAAUUGUGUGUAAAUGUACACAUGAAUGUUUGUGUGAAGUGUACAGUAUUACUCAACAAUGAGGAUGGAAAAAGGGACUUUCAGUUAAAAAUUACUUCCUCAGUUUACAAACCAUAAUGUUAUGCACAAACGCCUAAUAUUACAUAAAGGGUUUUCAAAAUCCCUUUGUUUCACUUAUUUCAAAUGUUCUUGUGACCAAUGUUCAUUUUGGUCAUUAGUAACAAAUAUAAUUGGUUAAAAAAUAGGUCAAAUUUUGUUGCUAUUAAAAUAAGCCUACAAAUGUGGAUACUGUACUUGACUGCAUGAAUGUUAUGCGGCGCAAUAAAGUUAUCAAAACAAAUGGAAAUAAUUUUGUUCACUAAAUGCCUGAUUAACAUGUGAGCAUGUCUGCAUUGGAAUUGAUUGUCGAUUUUAAUCCCUGUUUCAACCGUUGCCAACCAGUUCCCAUUAAUUUAACGACUAUUUUUGAGGGCUCAGCGAUCGGUGCGGAAAGGAAUACUAUUCAAAAUUGGUAAAAAUAUGAGGGGUUCCUCAGGGAAAAUAACUACACUAUGCAACCCUCUCGCAGUAUUUUGUCUCAGUGGUUUUUCCAGAGCCAAAUAUCUUAAGUAAAAGUAGCGUUACUUCAAAAUAAUAUUACUCAAAAGUAAAAGU